AUGGAAGCAGAUGGUAGGAAACCUAUUCUUGUGGCUUCAACAAAUGAUACCUAUUCUUGUCCUAUAUCAACAUCUCAUUUGCGCGAGAAGGAAUUGAGGGAAAAUGAUGGAGCGCAAGACGGAAUAGAAUGUGUGGAUGAGGGUCUGAAGAAAGGCCAAGAUCACAGGAUCAGAGAUGAAGAUUUGGAAGUUAAUUAUUUUAAAAGUGCACAAUGGACACCCGACGGAACAACCCUCCUGACUUCAUCCGCCGAUAACCAAAUCCGUACAUUCAUCCUCCCGCCCACGCUUCUCGACAAUCCCUCUACUCCACUAUCUCUCAUUCCCUACACAUCACACACCUUUCCUACACCCGUAAACUGCAUCGCUCCCUACCCACACUACACACUCUCAGACCCCAGCACAACCCUCUACCUCAGCUGUCCUAAUUCCCUCCCAAUCCGCCUCUCAAAUAUCCUAUCUCCAACGGCCACCCCCCAAGCUAGCUACAAUCUUAUCUGCCCCACCACCGAAAAAUACCUCACCCCUGCAUCCAUUCUUUGGAGCUCUCCCGGGACCCAUUUCCUAACCGGGACCGAAUGUCUCAUAUCCCACUUCGAUAUAUCUCGUCCCGGCUCUGGUCCCGUCACCAAGCUCCCCACUAUUCCUUCCAAACGCCAUAAAAUCAAAGGGGGCGGCGUAGGAAUGCGCGGUAUUGUAAGUGCAUUGUCGUUGCAAACAUGUACUGAUCCGUCUAAUACAAGUAUUCUCGCCGCUGGCACCUGGACAAGGUGGCUUGGUCUCUAUGAUGCUUCUGGAUUGGGUGGAACUGUUGCUACCUGGGAUAUUUCUGCAGCGGCCGAUAGUGAGGCGAGGAUUGGAGGGCAAGGGGUUAGUGAGGUGGGGUGGAGUAGCUGCGGAAGGUACUUGUGGGUUGCGGAACGGAAGAGCAGAGGUGUGCUUGUAUAUGAUGUGAGGGUUACUGGGAAGUUAAUCUCUUGGCUGGAGGGCAGGGAAGCGGAGACGAAUCAAAGAAUGGGCGUGGGUUCUUUCGAAGGGGAGAAGGGGAUGGAACUUUGGACAGGGGGCACAGAUGGUGUAGUGAGGGUGUGGGAGGGAAUAGGGAGGGAGGAAGGGGGUGUUAAGUGCGAUUGGGAGUGGAAGGCUCAUGACGACCCAAUAGGCUCGACAGUAUUACAUCCAUCUGGAACAGUUAUAGCAACUUGUUCAGGCCAAAGAGCUGAAACGAAUAUUGAUGUUGAUGUUAAUGAUGAUGACACAGCAGAUGAAGAUAGUUCCGGUGAUGAAAGCGCUCCAAAUUCGCUGCAAUUCUCGCCUAGGACACCCAAAGACACAGGCAAAACACCAGAUAAUAGUUUAAAAGUGUGGAGUUUAUAA